UAUGAUAGAUCCUUAAGUCAUGACAGAACACAAUGCAAAACACUGUCUUGUUGUCUACUAGUAGAGUCGCUUGGUUUCUCAAAGCAUUGAUAAGUCUCAACAUUUUUUGCAAACGUUCUAUCUUUUAUAAAAGCCUAUGAACAGUUGAACACACACAAGAAUCAACUAAGUAAUUAAUCAAGAAACGAAGACAUACAUAGAAAGCCCUUAGUGGAGGACAUGUUGGGGAAACGGAUACUUGAUGUAAGAUAUAAUGGUCCCAAUGGUAAACCAAAUUAACAUUUCAUAAGGCAGAUCUUUGACUCAGAGGAGUAGAUAAUAUUCUACUCCCUAAUGCAUAUCGUUUGCUGGCUCAACGAUAUUAAAUAAAACUUAAUUAAGGUUUGAUCAUUCAUUGUUCAGCACUUCUAUUGUUUUUUUUUCUCUGCCUUGACUCCCUCCUGGAGACUUUUUAUCUUGGCAUGAAAAUUUGGUUGUGUUAUCAAAGAUCAAUCAAUGAUGUUUCAGCUAAUUAUGGUAUUGUUGUUGUUCCUGUUCACCCCCAAGAAGGUAGUUUGUCAGGGAACAAACACAAACGAUGGAGAGUUAAACUUCAACGGAGGAAAAAAUCUGUAUACCACUGGAUCAGCGAAUCUAAACAAUAAUGGUUUGCUCACACUGACGAAUUCUACACCACGAACAACUGGUCAGGUAUUCUAUAAUCGUCCACUUCAGUUCAAGGACUCUAUUAAUGGUACAGCCUACUCCUUCUCCACCACUUUUGUUUUCGCUAUUGAGUUUCAUAAUGGGUCUUAUGGAGGAUUUGGACUUGCCUUUGUUAUUAGUCCUACGAGAGGCUUUCCUAUAUCUUUUCCACGAAACUAUCUUGGCAUUUUCAAUAUAAGCAACAUGGGAUAUCCCUCAAAUCAUAUUGUAGCUAUUGAACUUGAUACUACCUUUGACCAACCAUUAGGGGACAUAGAUGCCAACCAUGUGGGCAUUGACAUCAAUAGCUUGGUUUCAGACAAAGCUGACUCAGCACAUUAUUUCAAGGAUGAUGGUACACCUACAAACCUUUCUCUUUCCAGUGGAGAUCUUAUGCAGCUGUGGGUUGAAUAUGACAGCAAACAUAAACAGCUUAAUGUCACACUUCAUCCUCUUCUUGUCCCUAAACCAAAGAUUCCACUCCUUUCUCUGCAAAAGGAUCUUUCUCAGUAUUUGCUUGAAUAUAUGUACAUUGGCUUCACAUCAGCGACGGGGGAGCUAACUGCAUCUCAUUAUAUAUUUGAUUGGAAGUUCAAGAUGAACGGGACGGUUUCAGAUAUAAACCACUCUCGUCUUCCAAAAAUUCUCUUGGAGGAUCAGCUAGAGAGCCAUAGUCUAAAGAGAAUUUUAAUAAUCAGUUUGAGUGUUUCAGGCGCAGUACUUGUCAUCUUCCUGAUUCUUGGUUUAUGGCUCUUCCUGAAGAAGAAGAAGUUGAUGGAAGUUCUUGAAGACUGGGAGGUACAGUUUGGUCCACAUAGGUUUGCUUACAAAGAUCUACACACUGCCACAAAGGGUUUCAAGGGCACUGAGCUUCUCGGUAGAGGAGGAUUUGGGAAAGUCUACAAGGGUACAUUACCAGUUUCUAACAUAGAGAUUGCUGUGAAGAGAGUUUCUCAUGAUUCAAGACAAGGAAUGAGAGAGUUCAUUGCUGAGAUCGCAACCAUUGGCAGACUCAGACACCCUAACUUAGUUCGGCUCCAAGGCUACUGCAGACACAAAGGUGAACUCUACUUGGUAUAUGACUGUAUGCCAAAAGGAAGCCUUGAUAAGUUACUUUACCACCAACAACCAAUGGAAAUUCUAGAUUGGUCUCAAAGAUUCAAGAUCAUCAAAGAUGUAUCUUAUGGGCUCUGCUACUUGCACGAGCAAUGGGUGCAGGUCAUUAUCCACAGGGACAUUAAGCCAGCCAACAUUCUUCUUGACCACAAUAUGAACGCUAAACUUGGUGACUUUGGUCUUGCAAAGCUCUACGAUCAUGGUAUUGAUCCUCAGACCUCUCACGUGGCAGGCACACUUGGUUACAUUUCACCUGAGCUCUCAAGAACAGGAAAGGCAAGUACAAGCUCUGCUGUAUUUGCACUUGGAGUGGUAAUGCUAGAGAUUACAUGUGGACGAAAACCCAUAUUGCCACGAGCAUCGCAAAGCAAGAUGGUUCUGAAUGACUGGGUGCUAGAGUGUUGGGAGAACGGAGAUAUAAUGCAGGUACUUGAUCAUAAGAUAGGGCAUGAGUAUAUUGAGAAGCAAGUGGCGUUGGUUUUAAAGCUUGGCCUACUCUGCUCACAUCCGGUAGCAGCCAUGAGGCCAAGCAUGUCCAGCGUCAUUCAAAAUUUGGAUAAUGUGGUACAGCUUCCUCAUAACUUACUUGACAUUAUGAAAGAUCAAGAAAUUAAAGGAGGUGGUGAAGCACCGGAUUCUCCUGCAUCCAGAUCCAUUACUCCAUUGACCUUUACAGAAUCGUUUCUCUCUCGUGGGCGGUAAAGACUAAAACCACACACUAACUUGAAAUCAUCUUUGUGUCCAAAAUUUGAGACUGUACACUAACCAACAAUGGUUUUUAUUUUUGUUUUUUGUGGAACUUACUUUCAG